AUGAUCACGGACGCGACGGCGGACGAGGCGCGCACCGUCCAGUUCGAUGAGGAGGAUGCCCAAGACGAAGGAAGUGGGGAAGAUGUUGAAGAUGAGUAUGAGGAGAAAGCCGAGCUACUCGGCGAAGUCGACGAGUUGUCGCUGCAACUCGGCAAUGAUACGGACGACGAAGAUCAAGCCGCCGCUCAAGGGGAACGUCCGCCCCUGAUCUUGCGAGCGACGAGGAAUGCGGAUAUGCCAAUGGCGAUGGCUCAGGCGAGAUGGCCGGUACUGGGGCCUGAGCUGACUCAGCCGGUGAACAGUACCGACAUCAACCAACUGGUCGAAGACACGGUGUUGCUACUCAAGGCGAUGGGGUUCCGGUGCACGAGCCGACCCAACAGCCUGCUACUCGGCGAUUGGGACCCCAACUAUUGCGAAACGACUCCGAAGACCGUCGAACACCCCAGCAGGAUUCCCCUGCCGAAGACUCCCGAACGCAAGAGAGCCGAGGUGUUCCGCUCGACUGAGGGUACGCCGUAUUUUGAAGAUUCGCAUAUGAAGACGCCAACGCGUGGCAAGCAGCCGAGUGGACGCUACGCUGAGUUGUUUGACGCUGCAGAUGCAGCCGAGCUCAGCGACAGCGACGAUGGACGCGAGUAUCAGAACUCGGCUGACGAGUCGGUGAAGGACGUCAUCAAGCACCUUAGCUUCGAUGACACUGAAAGCGAUCGGACGCAGUACUUGGAGGUUCGCACCCAUGCGUCCCUCGACAAGAUUCCUAUGUUCGAAGGCAAACGUUACCGACCGGAUGACUCUCUCCAGUGGCUGAAGCGAUUCAUCUACGAGAUGAAAGGAACUCGGCUGGCGCAAGACCUCUGGUACGAGCCAUUCUCGCUGAAGCUGGAGCGAGGCGCGAAGAGCUGGUAUCGCCAGCUCCCGAAGAAAACGCAACGGAAGUGGAGUCUGCUGAGUGAGGCAUUCGCCGACUACUACUGUUCGCAGUUUGACGAGUCGGCACGAGCUCGCUAUUACUCGGCUCAGCGCAAAGACAACGAGCUGGUGUGUGACUUCCUCAUUCGUCUCAACGGAUAUGCGAAGUCGGCGAAAAUCCAGUACGAAGCCGGUGGAGCGGACGCUGUUGACCACGUGGAACACUUCCUGUUGCACUGCGGGGAUGAUGACGUCAUGGAUCUGCUCUAUCCGCAACAGCUCGCCGACAUCAAGAAGGCCGAGAAGAUCAUCAACCAGAAGAUCCUGGGGGAGCGCCGGAAGAAACAGCGCGACCGCACUCAGAAGCUCGGCGGAGUGAGCCGCGCCGAGACGACCGGCGAGACGACCGCCGGGAACGACGUAGAGAUGACCGCCGAGAUGACCGACGAAGCCGACGCGACGAUGGACGACCCGUACGAGCUGGCCGAGAGACGCCAAUCCAAUCGGCGAUCCAACCUCUACGACUCGGACAGCGAUCGGAGCGACGGCAGCCAGCUGAGCUACUCCGACUCGACUGUAGACUCGGAAGACGAUUACAUCGACACCGGGUUCACCAGCGACCGCGACCUCGAGGAUACGAUCGGCGUGACCAGACUGGGCGGCGCAGUGACCCCCGUGAACGCCCAUCGUAUGGACCUUGUGCUGCCUGCGGCGUUCUGCAAGCAAUUGCACGAUGUCGGUCAAUGCGAGCUGUUCCAGCGCUACGAGAAGCUCACCGCAUUUGUCAAGUCCAAUGUUGCCAAGUCCGAGUUACCUGAAGACCUCCAGGACCUCUACACGCCGACCGAGCCGGCAGUAGAGGCGAACUUUGUGUUUGCCUUUGUGGGUGAGGCAGGAAGGCCCAAGGACCAAGUAGAGGACGAAGCAUUGGAUUCUGAUAGCGAUGGACUUGAUUGUGAGCUCGGCGAGAGUGGAGAAGAAAGCCGAGCAAGAUUGUGCAGUGCAGUUGUGACUCAGCGAUCGACGGAGGUGGUCACAGCCACCAUAGUUAUGAAGCUGCUCCCUGGGGAGCGACUCGACUGGUGGUCGUCACAAAAGUUUGACCGCCGAGUUCGGAUGAGAUCUCUCGUUAUGGGAGCAGUGAACGACCAGCGUACGAAGAUAUUGCUCGACACCGGCGCGAAUGUGUCGGCAGUAAGCGAAGGAUUCGCGAAGCGACUGCGGUUGAAGCGGUUCACACGCCAGGGUCAACAGAUUGGCGUUCAAGGUAUUGGGAAAGGCAAAGUGGCGACGAUGUCACGAGCGAUGAUGAAGGUGACACUCGGCUGGGAGGUCACGUAUGAAUUUGAAGUAUGGAUCCUCGAUCACCACGCGGGAGUCGAGUUGAUUCUCGGUACGGACUUCAUGAUUCCGGCUGGGAUCCGCCUGGAUCUGUACAACUCGGUGGUGAAGUUACCAGAUGAAGUUGUCCUACCUCUCGUGAAGUCCCAGAACUCAGCGGAUGAACCGAAGGGCGGCCACUACAUCACAGACGGCCCGACCGAACCGGUGAACCUCGAGAGCCGAGUUCCCACCGAGUUCAGGCUGAUGAGGAAUCAACCGAGUGAUGAAACACAUGACUUCUGGGUACGCCGGACUAAAGACUGGGUACCGACCGUGGUACUCGACCGGCGGAACCGAGUGGUUCGAGUUCGCCUGACCAACCUUAAGCCGACUUGGACGUGGUGCCCAGCACAUUUCCCAGUGGUUGCCUGGGCGCCGCAUGGGGUGUUACCGCCCGAUGGUUAUGUCAGGCUGCACUCGGCGAAGUACAAAGAUUGGCAAGUCAUGGCCUACGAAGCGGCUAUGGAUAAGGAUCUGCUGCAAAAGGAACAUCAGCUGCACGUCGAGUGGCUGGCUCGACAGCCGUCGGCCGUGGACCGUAGAAACUACCCUGAACCGAGAGGGAAGUUGGCCGAGUCGAAGGAGCGAGCCGAGUCAGAGGCCGUCGACAGUCCACCCUUGACUCAGACUGAGCCGGUGAACUCGGCUACCGCUACCCCAGCGCCUAAGGAAGUAAUGUUGAGCACGGAACCUACAGCCGCAACCGCUAUUAUGUUCGAGUUCCAAAGACUCGUGGUCGAAGCCGGAGCGGCCGCUGCCAAGGCUCACGUGCGGCUUUGCUGGCAGUGCGGCCAGUCGUGCGUGGCAGGCUCCAGGCACACCACCGAGGCGGAGGCGGGGAUCGAACCCGGCUGGCCGGCGAUCACACAAGAAGUGAUGAUCAUCUACAUGACGUCAAUCUUCAAAGUGAUGUACGAGACGACGGACAGCACGAAGACCAAGAUGGGCGUCUCACCGGAAGAGCUUGCUCGCGCCACAGUAGAACAGUGCUUCAAGGAGGCCGACCUAAACGGUGACAACAAGCUCAGCUUUGAAGAAUCCAAGAAGUGGUGCACUUCAGGAAUUUGA